GGGAAUUCGGAGCUCCAGUGCAACAAAGCAACGUACGGCGGGGCACUCUCGGUCAACCAAUUCAGAGACGCCAUCGGACUACAAUUCGAAACUGAAGAACUCCAACAACAAGUCGCAACGCUCCAGAAUGUCGCUGAUGAACUACAGCCGUAUCUUGAUAGAGUUAACAGCACGCUUGGGCCAACCAAAGAUGCGUCUACUUGGGAGGGUGUUUGGUCACAUGUCACAACGGAAUUGGCAUCAAUGUUGCCAG